GAGCGCAGCCAGUGCAAGCCCUGCGGAGGGGGGACUAACCCCAGCCUCUCCGGCGCAGCCCGGGAAUCAACCUGGUGGCCACCUCCAGGGCAGGGCAAGGCGAGGCCGGGCGGCGGGCAGGGCAGGGCAAGGCAGGGCCGAGCCGGGCCGGGCAGCAGGGCGCGAUGGCAGCCGCGGGACCCGAGGCGGAGCCGCCGCCGCCGGAGCCUUGAAGCCGAGCCACGCCGGAGGCGCCCCGGCCCAGGAAGGAAACGUCUCACUCGUCGCAGCUUCGUUGGCGGCAGGAUACACUUGUGAGCUGCCUACUUGCUCCAGUCAGGCCGUUUCACGCUUUCCUGCUUUCCUGAGAUUGUGAGCUGAAGGGAGAACCUCCCUGGAUUGGUUCCAGCUGCCCAUCCGGGCACUUCACCUCUCAACAGGCCGCAGACUGACCUCCCUGAGAGAAGAAGAAAAUGGCCGCCACUCAGGAGGUUCCUCCGCCCGCACUGGGCCUCCAUUUUUUGUACCCCUUAGAAGAGACGAUGCCCCCGAGGGUGAAAAUAGAGGAGCCUGGGCCGCCGUGUCCGGAGGCAGGGUGGGAGUGGGAUGCGGCAGGGAAAGCCCCCCUCGUUGUCCAGGCAGGCACCAUAAGUGACCUGUUGAGGUGGGCUACUCCUCCCCAGGUAAGGAGCGACCCAAUCCCACAGCUGUGGGAAGUGCAGUGCCAGGAGAUGGUGCAAAGUCUACGGACACCCACUGAAGUUGUGCCUGGACCUGUUCCCGUCCCACCCCCGGCCCCUGGCUGGGGGAACCUCCAGUUGCCUGAGCUGGCCCCUAUGGAUGACAUAGAGGCCUAUUUGUCCUCCUUCGAAAGAGCGGCAGAAAACUGCCAGUGGCCAAGAGGCGAGUGGGUGACCCGGCUCAUGCCAGCCCUCAGUGGCAAAGCCCAGCAGCCGCACAACAACCUCGACGCCAGGAGUGGCCGAAGCGAGCACAGAAAGUCCAAGUCUUCCAGCCUGCGAGGAGAAGGCGGCGCCAGCGUGGAGAUGCAGCGCCAGCGUUUCCGGCAGUUCCGCUACCUGGAUGCCGAAGGCCCGCGUGACGCUUGCCGGCGGCUUCGGGAGCUGUGCCGUCGCUGGCUGAAGCCGGAGAGCCGCACCAAGGAGCAGAUCCUGGAGCUGCUGAUCCUGGAGCAAUUCCUGACCAUCUUGCCUCAGGAGAUCCAGAGCUGGGUGUGGGAACGAGGCCCCGAGACCUGUGCCCAGGCGGUGGCUCUGGUGGAGGGAUACCAGAUGGGGAGGCGAGACGCUGGAAUGUGGGAACAGCAGGUGAGAGGCCAGGUUACAGUGCGAGUGAAAGUUGAGCAGGUAAGCCCUCAAGAGAUGAUUCUGCCUGGAGCCCCAUGGGAGCAGUCUGCCCCACUUCUGCCCCAUCCCGAGUGCAUGCCCUCCACAGAUGUCACACUAAACCAGCUUCCUCCAGUUCCCGCUUUAAAGAUGCCCUGUAUUCCCAAACAGGAGCCCCGAGGCCUUCAGGAAACAGCAGGGGGCCUAACGGGUAGCGGAAGCCGAGAAGCCAACCAUCUGCACGGACGUCCUCUGGAAGUAGAGCAUCAUGGGACUUUCUCAUCUGGGAACCCCCAGGAGAACGUGCUCUCUGAGAAUCAUAGCGAGCGAGCAAGUCAGCAACACGAGGAGAGACGCAACGAGACCGGGGAGAGUCUGGUCACGCAACUCAACCCCAUUGGAGUUCCCCCGGGAACGGAAAAACCCCUCCACCGAUGUCUGGAGUGCGGGAAAACCUUUAGCCGCAACUCACACCUGCUCACCCAUCAGAGAAUUCACACGGGGGAGAAACCCCACCAGUGUCCGCAGUGCGGCAAGCGCUUCGGUCACACCUCCCAGCUGACUCGGCACCAGAGGACCCACGCCUCAGAGAGACCCUUCCGGUGCGCCCAGUGCAGCCGGAGUUUUUACCAGAGCUCCGAGCUGACCCGGCACCGGGCGUCCCAUGCCAGAGACCGCCCGUAUGGAUGCAGCCAGUGCGGCAAGAAAUUCCGUUGGAGCUCUGACCUCAUCCGGCAUCAGAUCACCCACACGGGGGAGAGACCGUACAAAUGCCCCGAGUGCGGGAAGAAGUUUGGGCAGAAUUCGCACCUCGUUCGACACCGAAGGACCCACACGACUUAACCGAGCUCUUCCCCGACGGAGACGAAUCUGCAUUUCCCACCACCGAUAAUUUGUUGGGAGCCAAAGCAUUGGACGGAGCCUGUGGUGGACCAGAUGACUUUUCUCUGAUGACUUUUGAGUCCCACAACUGCAGAUAAAAUAUCUGUCAGGAUGGCGUUAGUUAGAAUGAAUUCUGUUUACGUGCAAAGCCGGACGGACCACGUGACCAGGCCCGGGCACCCUUUAGUGUUCCACCUGGAGGUCGGCAGCAGAUUCGGACUGAUGAAAGGUGCUGAGGCCUGCUUUAGGACAUCUUCUCAAACGACACUGAACCUAUAGCAUUUUAGUGGCACCAGUUGGAUGUCUUUUUCGUUCUUUUCUUUUCGUUCUUUUUUAUUUUUUAGAAAAGGAGAUAGAUCUUCUAGUCAUCUAGGCAGGACUGUUACAUAACACAGCGUGUACUCCCUGACCUGAGACCAUAUCUUUGUAGUGAGGCGAAAACCAUUUAUCUUUUUUAGAGAAAUGCCCGGUCUGUAAUCCUUCGGAACGACGGAGAUCCCUCUUGUGGAAGCUGCUGUGGUGCUUCUUUUUUAGAAAUUACGAGGAUGGUAAACGGGAGAGCUAUUAUGACACUAUCUGAGGUCAAGUGGCAGCAAUACUAGGAACCACGACUUGGGCAAAACCACAGUGUCAUUCUUGUUACCGAUCUAUUGUCUUGUAGACAUCUGUUCAGGGCUAGAUGUGUAGCGUCUGUGGUGUCAGACUCAGGACACAGUGAUAUACAGGAGAGGUUCUGGUCAAUUGAUGUUUGGGGAAAGGGAGACGUAGUUCACAUCAGUUGCAUAAGUAGGGAACCGGCAUUCGGGGACGGGGGAUUGAUGCAAUCCUACAGGCUUUUUCACUUGACGCCCGGUUUCACCUCAGCUCCCAGGGACCCUCUACUUCAGCUUCUUUCUCCCUCAGGAGCCAAAACACAAAGCCCUCUUCUGUACACACACACAAAGCUGUGACACAUGAGUUGUUUCCUCACACAUUUGGGCUGUUAGUUCUCCUGUGGGCAUGAAGUCACAUGAGGUGUGGCAGUGAGCAGCUAGUGCAUUAUGGGAACAUUCUGCCAGAGCUCCUGUGAAUGUUCUAGAGGUGAAGGAAGGGGAUGGUUCUUGGCUUAUGUGGGGAUAAACCUGCCAGCCCUUGCUCAGUUGAAAACAUGACCCUGUCAAAAGAGUUUUUGACCAGAAAUCUUUGUCCAUAAAGGGUCACACUGUGUGUUAGAGGCAGGAAAGGGGGGAACUCCAAAAUUUUCUUGCAGACAAAUGAAUUAUUCCUGUCUUUGCUGCUUGUGACGUCAAGGUCGUUCCUGUGACAAAAACACUAUGCUGCUCACAUUCCUUUUCCAUCAGGGUCGGUUUUAUAAUGCCUGUCAAAGAUGGCAGACAGGUUCUAGAUUUGGGGGCCCGCCAUGUCACUCAUACGUCAAGACGGUUACAUUACUGAUCCAUUCCAAACCCCAGCCAUUUCUGUUCUUAGUUGCUCUUCCCGCCUUGCCCUUUAUAGCUACAAGCUUUUAUUGUUAGUGUCACCUUAGAGUGGCCGUCUCAUCAAAACGAUGCACCGCCUUCUUUCUCGGAGCUCUAAAUACAGUCUUUCGAAUGUGCUUGAAGCUUCUCGGCCCAGACAGGACUGGGUGCACUGUGAUUCUCAGCAAACAAGGGAUUUGAGUUAGGAUGCAGAUUUCAACAUCCUGAGAAACUCGGCUGCUUUGGAGGAUCUUUUUGAGGCGGGGGGGGGGCACCGUUUCAGCUAACCCCUGAGGCACUGAAGAUCAGCUCAAAAAUUAUGUCCGAAUCAGGGGAGGCAGAGAAUUAGGCUUAAGGUCUGGAUCUCCUUCCUGCUGCAUGUAAUUCUUCAAGGCCCUUAUCCACCAAGAGCAGAGUUUUGUGGAGAUAAUUGAGCUGCUCUGGGGGGGAGAGAGUUCCAUUUCGCCAUUGCAAAAUUUGGCCUGGAUCUGAUCCACUGUUUCUGUCAGUCACGGUGGAAUUUCAGUGACACUAAGAGAAGCUGUCUCUUCCUCUGAUUAGCAUAGCGGAAUAUGUAGGUAUUCGUGGCCUAUAUGCAGAUUCCAGAAUGUAUUUUUUUCUUGAGGUAUGGAAUUUGGAUUUGUUUGGUGCCUCUGUAUGCAGCUCUGCCCUUGAACCUAAUGGCACUAAUAUAACAAGUUGGCUUUUGCCAUAGAGCGCCAGCCUCAUGGAAACGCUAGACUGCCUAAUUUCUCAGUACUGUUCCAUUGAGCAUCCUUGAUGAUUUUAUUGAUUAAUAGGUGUCAAACUCGUGGCCCUCCAGAUGUUAUGGACUACAGUUCCCAUCAUCCCCUGCCAGCAUGGCUAAUUGCUCAUGCUGGCAGGGGAUGAUGGGAACUGUGGUCCAUAAAAUCUGGAGGGCCGCGAGUUUGACACCUGUGAUUGAACAGUGGCUUCCAGGGUGCAGGGGAGAAGGUACCAGAAACGUUUUGUGGGUCUUUGUAAGUACCCCAAAUGUCAGAGAGAUCAAGGUUGGCAGAAAAGCUCAACAUCCUUUAGUCUCCCUUAGUAAUCAUGACGACUCUGGGUUUUGUGUUGCACUCGUGAUUUGAAGCAAUGUAGCAAACUCCAGCAUUCAAAGUGUGAGUGGGUCUUUUCAAAAAUGUUCCUAGAGACACUGGUGUGUAUGUAUAUGUUGGGGACUCUCCUGGUGGCCCCAAAUCUGUAUGAGAGGGGUUGGCAAAGUCGUAGGAAGAAUAAUUCAGUGAACAAUGUAAUUUUAAUUCCAAAAAUAUCACACUUUGGUAACAGGGACAAGAUCCUCACCUUCGGGUUGAGGCUCAGGAACCAGCAAGAUAUUUCAACGUGUUGCCAAGAGAUUUCCUUGCCCUCUUCCGGGCACGGAGAAGAGUAUGAAAAUCCCAUCGGUCUGGGCUGUGUUUGGGCAUGAUUAAAAGAAGCUGGAUAUCUUGUUUUUCUGAGCCUUUCCAAGGCAGAGCGUGAGGUCAAGAAAAAUCCUCCCCCAUUCUCCCGAGACAUCACACUCCUUUUUUGAGACUCUGAGUGAGGUCGGCAUUUCUCUCGGCUGCAGAGAAGGGCCGGCAGUCUUGCCAGAGUUU